AUGGCAUCAGAUUUUAUGGAUCGGUUCAAGUUCAAUACAGUCUCCUAUAUCCAGAAUCUUAAGAAGAAGCCAACAAAAACUUUCCGCGAGUGUGCUACUCGAUGGAGAUCAGAAGCUGCUAAAGUAAGGCCAACACUGAAAGAAGAACAGAUGAAGAAGUUCUUUGUCCGAGCCCAAGACCCACAAUACAAUGAAAGAGGCGAGAAGGAAAGGAAAGGGGAGGAUGGAAGAAACCGGUGCACCACAAGCUUUGGCUACUGGGUUUUGGCUAUUCUGUGUGUAAAUGGAGAUCAUUUUCUGGAUUUAAUUGGCUAUGACUUCUGGGCUAUGUUGAAGCCUGUUGGAUAUGAUGUUGAAGGCCCAUCCAGGGCCUCUAAUCUCUUCUGCAAGUGUUGCAAGAAGCCUGGACACUUAAUUGAUAAGUGUUUCAAGCUUCAUGGAUUUCCUGCUAACUUCAAGUUUACUAAAGGUAUAAAGGCAGCUGCUAAUAUGGUGACGGACUCUGAUUUCUCUGCUUCUGAGUCUUCUAAUCAAAUCUCUAUUGCUCCUGUUGCUGAAAAUGCUUUUGUGGUGUCUGGGCUGGCAAUGCAGCAAUACUCUCAACUGCUUUUCUCAUUGCAUCAAUCCCAUGUCUCUGAUCCUGCACCUCAACUCAAUAUCAUGAGUUCUGCCAACUUUGCUGGUGCUUCUAACCAUUUGACUUCUAAUAAAGAAUAUCUCAUUAAUAUUACACCUUUACCUAUUCCUUUCUUAGUGACUCUACCAAAUGGUUAUAAAGGCCUUUCUCUGAAGAAGCCUCUGAAUCUUGGUAAACUAGACAGUGGGUUGUACAAAUUUGUGUGGGAGAAGACCUCUCAUCCUCAGUCAAAGCAGCAUUUUGUCUCUAGAGAUGUCAUUUUUCAUGAACAACUCUUCCCUUUCUCUUCUAAUUUUUCCCUUCCAGUUGUGUCAAAAUCCCCAUUGUCAACCACUUCAUCUUCUCUUCCAAUCUAUUGGUCUGAACCUGUUCUACCUCCUGCUACUACCACCCAUUCUCCUCUUUCAGCCUCUUUCCCUUCUGAUGCUCCUUCUUUCCUUUCUGAUGCUCCAUCUUUCCCCAAUGCUACUGACAACCACCUUUCACCUUCUGACAACCACCCUUCACCUUCUGAUGCUUCACUUUCUCCUCAUCUUACUGAUGCUUUCUUUGAUUCUGUCCCUUUACUUCUUUUCCCGCCACUGCUUGUUAUUAGAGGGGACACACAGAUUGAGGGGGUGGAUUUCAAUGAGAUAUUUUCUCCUGUAGUGAAGAUGUUUACUGUCAAAUGUUUGAUUGUUGUUGCUAUUAAGAAGAAUUGGUCUUUAUUUCAACUUGGCGUUAACAAUGCAUUUCUUCGUGGUGAGUUGGAUGAGGAGGUCUGUAUGAAAUUACCUCUUGGCCUUUCUAUUUCAUCUCCUUCUUCUUCUGCCCAUUUGGCUUGCAAGUUGAAAAAUUCUCUUUAUGGGCUUAGACAAGCUUCGAGGCAAUGGUCGCUACCUGAUGGUGUUGUAUUGAAUCAGAAGAAGUUCACUUCUAAUUUACUCAAAGACUAUGAUUACUUGGAUGUUCAUUCUAUUGUUAGCCCACUGGAAUUGAAUCAGAAACUUAAAGCUGAUGUUGGGGAUCUUUUACCUAAUCCUGAGAAAUACAGAAGCCUUAUGGGGAAGUUAUUGUAUCUCAAGGGUACUCUUGACCUUGGUCUUUUCUACUCUAACUCUACUGAUUUUUCUAUCAAGGCUUACUCUGACAGUGAUUGGGCAGCUUGCCCCGACGCUCGCAAAUCCGUUUCUAGUUUUUAUAUUUUCUUGGGUGAUAGCCUUGUUGGCUGGAAGUCGAAGAAACAACCUGUAAUUUCUCUUUCUUCCACUGUAGCUGAAUAUAGAGCUAUUAGUAAGGUUGUUGCUGAAUUGGUUUGGCUAUCCAGAUUAUUGCAUGAUCUUACUAUUGAUGUUUCCUUUUUUAUCUUUGUCUUCUGUGACAAUAUGGCAGCUAUUCACAUUGCAAAAAAUCAUGUAUUCCAUGAGCGCACUAAACAUAUUGAAGUAGACUAUCACUUCAUAUGGAGUAAAUUGACUGAAGGAUUCAUCCAGUUGUCGCAUGUUCCCACCCCUGAUCAGCUGGCAGAUGUAUUCACCAAGCCACUACCUGGUGUUCUCCAUCACUCUUUUCUUGGCAAGUUGAAGGUUGUUUCCCCUCCAACUUGA